CAGUCCGAUAACCAAAACAAACCCACGGCAAUAACAACAAUCUGUACAUAUAUUUGUUAUUUGCUCAAUUUAUAAAUUAAAAAGUUAUGAAUCUGAAGUAUAAGCGACGGUACGAGAGCUUAAAACGCUCUGUCAAGAGUUAUCUGCUGGAGAAUGCUUCCCUUACCGAUGAGAUCUGUCGCCUUCAAGCCGAGUUAUCUGUCACCCGAUCUCAAAGGCUUUACCUGAUUGAGCGGCUUAUGUUUCAUGAGGGUCUCGAAAAGUCGAAUAAUGGACGGCCCAGUGUUUCUAAUGGAAAAGUCGAACCUACUGAAUCCGCUUUUGGAGGUCUGAAGAAAAACAAACCGGUGGUUUUGCAUAAAAAACCAAACGAAGAGAAACCGAAAAAUGUCACUGUCACGAAAAAGAAGCCCAUGUUUCCGAUGAAUUUGAAUAAUGUCUUGCUGCACUCACUGGGCGAGAUAAUAUCAGUGAAUCAAAAUUUCCACACCGAGAGCUGGAUAUAUCCAGUGGGCUACGUGGCCACACGAAUUUACGCCCAUCCCAAGGACCCACGUAAAAAGUGUGUAUUCACAUGCAAAAUUUUGAAUAACGCCGGGAUUCCCCAAUUUCAAAUAAUCCCGGAUAAUGAUUUGGAUGGAGUCUUCUUCGGAGAAAGCGCCAAUACGUGUCACAUGGAACUUUUAAACUCUAUACAGAGGUCUCCCAGUGUAAAAGUAAAAAUACCUUUUGACGUACAAGGCGAGGUCUUCUUCGGCUUGUCGAACCAAAAAACACAAUCGCUUCUUAUGAUGGAUCCUGGCUUUAGCCAUUGCAUAAAUUUCAAAGGCUUCGCUGUGCAGAAUGUUCAAUCGUUAAAUAGUGCUUCGUUGUCGUUCGAAACGCUACAAGGGUUUUAUCUUGAUAAGAUAUUUUAGUUUGCCUAUAAAAUAAG